AUGAGUCGUCAACAAGAUCCACAAAGACCUUUCUUCUCAUUUGGAAAUCCCUUCCAAAUGAUAUACAAGGGCUCAAACCUGUCCCCGAAGCUUCUUGAUCUGUUGAAAACUUUUGAGGUGACACUGGCUGAGAGGCUUAAAAAGCUUAAGCCAGUUGACAGGGAAGAUGUCCUACGUUUAUCAUGGAUGAGAUAUGCAAUGGAGUCACUUUGUGCCAUUCAUACUGACAUAAAAACCCUUAUAACCGCACUUGAAUUCCCGGUCUGCGAUUGGGACGAUAAAUGGAUUGAUGUAUACUUGGACAAUAGUGUGAAGCUGUUGGAUAUCUGCAUUGCUUUCAGCUCCGAGAUCUCUCGCCUCAACCAAAGCCACCUUUUUCUUCAAUGCGUCUUGCAUAACUUGGAGGGGGCCACAAAGCAGUUUAUGCGAGCACAAUCGUCACUUGAUGGAUGGAGGCAGCAUAUUAGUUCAAAGAACCCCCGACUCGAGAACUGUUUUGCCAUCAUGGAUAGUCUUGCUGAAACCAUAGACCUGCCUAAAAUUAAGAACUCUGCAAAGGGGAAGGUUUUGAUGCGAGCGAUGUAUGGUGUUAAGGUGGUAACUCUUUUUAUAUGCAGCAUAUUUAUUGCUGCAUUCUCGGGUUCUAUGAAGAAUUUGAUGGACCUACAUGUUCCAGAGACUUUCUCAUGGGCAGAAGCUUUUACUGAUCUACGGGCUUCCGUAAAUAAUGAGAUAAGAAACAUUUAUUCCGAUGGAAGGGUCACAGUGUUGAAAGAGCUUGAAGCUGUUGAUACAACUGUCAAGAAGUUGUACCCGAUUGUACAAGAUGGAUUGGACCCUGUCGAAGCUGAAGUGGUGCAGUACUCAACUUCUGAUUUAAGAAUUCAGACGGAGAAAGUUUCGCAAGGAUUAGAUCUGCUCGCAAAGGAAGUAGAUAGUUUCUUCCGAAUCGUUCUGACUGGUCGUGAUGCGUUGCUUUGUAACCUUAGAGUUGGCGGUAAUGUCACCAACACGAUGCAACCUACUGACGAUAUACAAGGUCAAGCAGUGAGAUAA